AUGGUAAGUGCUGAUGAACCCAGUGACACUGAGGACGAUGAAAUAAGACAAGCACUGUUUUUGGUACACCUACUUAAAUCUGAUUACGCAAAGAUAUUUUUGCGCCAAAAUUCUGAAGCACCAGCUGAAAAUUUGUCUACAUGUCCUCUGACUACGGAAAAUUCUUCAUUGAUUGCGUCCAGUACACCAUCACUAACAACAAAGGGUAUAUUUUUAUCAACAACCACUCCACAACCUGUAGAAUCUUCAACAAUACCGCUAUUUAAACUAGCAAUAUUAACUACGCAGCUCCCAACACUUGGCCCUUUACCAUUCGGUGGAUUUGCACCAAUGUCAAAAGACAUAUCAAUGGAUGCUCAAGAUUACCCUGCAUAUUUCAAAAGCAAAAGAAGAAACCUCAUGUACAGACGCAGAGGAAAUCUGAUGCGUUAUAAAAACUUUCGCAGAAUGAGUUCGAACGACAAAGAUAAUAACUUACCGGCGAGCAACUCCGAGUCAUCGUCCCUAAAAGCAUCCAUUUCUACUAACGCACUUGCAACGAGCUCUAAAAUACCACCUUCUUCAGCUCACGUUUCAUCUCUGAUUCGAUCAACGACUAACGCAAGAGUAAUAAGUGGAAAAAAUAUGCGUAAUGAUAAACUAGAUAUAGUUACACAGGACGAAGUUAUGCCGCAGAUCGCUAGAGAGUUGUAUAAUGAAUUGAAGGAAGGAGAUCUGACCAUGAAGCCAUCAACCAGGGGUAGAUUAAGAACAAUUAGUAUUAAAAGCAAAUUAUCAGCAUUAGUAAAAACAUAUGCAGACACAUUCAAGAAAAAAGGAACAUUAAAGGUUUAUUUGGAUCACAGCACGCCCCUACCUAUCCCUUUUCCUGAAAACAACGCUUUUUGUUUCAUGAACCCUAGGAGCUCACUUUGCGGAACUAAAAUUUAACAAAAAUAAAUACCUACUU